UUUUGUUUAUUUACUGAAUUUUAAGUUGCACAGUUAAAAAUGAAUGAUAUAUAAGAAAAAUACACUUAGGAAGUGCUGUUCUACAAGUGGAAUUAUUAAGGCUUAAAGAUACGUUUUUAUUUGCAAAGUGGUUGUGCAAUUUCCCAAUAAAUACAAAAUCAAUAGGAAAGUUAGGUUAUUUUCUGGGUAUAACGUAAGGCUUUGUUCCCCUGCUGCUGUUAGUGCUUACAAUGAUACCCCCGCUUGCUCCUGGGCAAAUUUCUGAGCAACAAAACAUGGUUGGAUGGAGAAACACUUUUAACAUGAGACAUGUUACCUUAAUGAACAUGACCUCAUCCCAGUCGAGGAAUGGAGUCAAAGGGUAUUUGAAAAGUGGCUUCAUCACAGGACCAGCAAAGUCACUGGAUAUUUUACGCAAGAAUCUGCAGAGCUCCAUCAACAAGGAUAUAGAUAAUGUCCUGAAAAAGUAUUUAGAUAAAUUCUUUCAACCUGCUGUAAACAAUAUUAGGACGAACUUGGGCAAGGAAAGUGUAACAGAUGAUCAUAUUAGGGUGGUGUGUCGGCAGAUGCUGGAGGAGGCCAAAGCUAUGUAUCAGUCUUGUCCUGCUUCUAGGGACAGCUCACCUUUUGAUAGCAGUGACACUGAAAUUGUGUUAGAUAAUCGGAUAAAUAGAAAGAAUCAAAGGAAGCGAAAGGAAUCGGAUACUGAUUCGGAGACGAGCGGUGUUAAUUAUAAGAGACAUAAAUUUCGGACGACCUCUUCGCAGGUGGAUGGUAAUCAAGUUCUCAGGUUGCCGUCAAAAAGGGAGAGCCCUAAAUGGGAUGCGGACAGAAUAACGUCGUCAACUCUGUUUAUGAUGGGCUCUAAAGCAAACAAGGUUCUCGGCUUUGGACCGACGAGGGGGCGGCUGUACGCCAGACACCCGGAACUGUUCAGGUACUCGGGCGAUCAGGAGGACAAGGAUUGGCUUACGUCGAGGAACUUGAUGCAAAUGAGCGGCGGAAAGGCAUAUCUCGUCCUUCUGGAUGACAUCCGGGAGAUGACCCAGCUCGAUGAGUACAGAAACAACCCGAACUUGCAGAUCGGCGAGCUGGUCGGCUUCGAGGCUCCCAUCUUCAUGUUGAACAAGAUCAAGAACUUCAUCGAACAAGUCCGCACAGACAGGAAAACGAUGGCGACACCCUUGGAUCUGUUCGAUUUCCACUCGAUGACGCCUCCGAUUGACUCGGCGCCAUCAACACCCUCGGACACGCUUCAGAUGUUAGAAUCGCAUUCCGUCAGCACGACCAGCUCGAAGCACUCGGAGAACAAUUUCAUCCACAUCCCGGACAUGUCGCCUGGAUCAACAAAUUCCCUUCUCACACAGAGUCCUCUACCAACAAACGCCGGCUUAUUAUCCCCCAACAUGCUAAUGAACAUCGCGACCCCGGAUAACAAUGGACCAGUGAUGCUGAUGCCCGACAAUUCCCAGACAGGCACUUGCUUAUCCACGCUCCUAGCUAGUCAAUUAUCCAGCGAUAACUCGCAGGAGUUCUAAGAUGAUCUCGCAUACCGAAUAUGCAUAAGACAGAGCUAUAUAAUAUUUAUUUUUAGUAUAAACCACUGUUGCAUAUACACAAUUUUCCUCUACUCCUCUUCUCAAAACCCAAAAUUAGGAACAACAUUUUUGUCAAUUUUAUACCUAGUCAUAUCAAAGAUAAUUGUAAAUACAACUUAUUUAUUAUAAUUUAUUUAAACCCAUGAUUCACUAUUACAUAUUGUUUCACAUUGAACAAUAAAAUCGUUAUAGACCGCUUCUUUAUGGAUUAUUUACUGUAUGUUAGCCUUAAGACAUAUUUGGUUACACAGGGUGUUCUUAAA